ACACAAAUAUCCGACGUGACAAAUAUUUCGAUCCCUGAUUCCCUUCCACGGCGGUUCGAGGCGACGCCGCCAAAUCCCCUCCCGGCGCGCGCUCAAAAGGGCGGGAAAUUUUCGCGCAGCCGCGCCGCCUCUCCUGUAUAAGAUCCCCAGUCGCCCGCUCCUGCUCGUUUCUCCUCCCCACCACCACCACCACCGGUCCACCGUCGCUUCCCAUCAAAUGGGCCGAAAGGGCAGCAGGGCUAGGGCUUCCCGCGACGGAGACGCCGACAGCGGCGAGGAGGAGGGGGCGGCCGCCACCGGGGGCAAGAGCCUCUACGAGAUCUUAGGUGUUGAGAAGACAGCUUCACAACAAGAAAUAAAGAAGGCAUAUUACAAGUUGGCUCUGCGUCUCCACCCAGAUAAGAAUCCUGACGAUGAAGAAGCCAAAGAGAAAUUUCAGCAGCUGCAGAAGGUGAUAUCUAUUCUCGGAGAUGCAGAGAAGAGAGCUUUAUAUGAUGAGACUGGCAUCGCUGAUGAUGACGCACUGGUUGGAGAAGCUGCAGACAAUCUUCAAGAGUACUUCAGAGCAAUGUACAAAAAAGUUACUGAGGCUGACAUUGAAGAAUUUGAAGCAAAUUACAGAGGGUCAGAUUCUGAGAAAAAGGAUUUGAAGGAUCUCUAUACAAAAUUUAAGGGCAACAUGAACAGGCUUUUCUGCUCAAUGAUUUGCUCAGACCCAAAGCUUGAUUCCCACCGCUUUAAGGACAUAAUAGAUGAUGCGAUUGCUGAAGGUGACCUGAAGUCAACUAAAGCAUACGAGAAAUGGGCCAAAAAGAUAUCUGAGAUGGAGCCACCAACAAAUCCAUUAGAGAGGAGAGUGAAGAAGAAGAAAAGCGAGGAGAGCGAUCUGAUCCUAGCCAUCUCGCAGCGCAGGGCAGAACGAAAAGACCAGUUCAGCUCCAUCCUCUCAUCCAUAAUGUCCAAGUGCGACCCCAAGGCAAGCAGCUCGGAACCCACUGAAGAGGAGUUUGAAAAGGCGCGGAAGAGGCUGGAGAGCAAGAGGGCCAAAAGGCGCAACUGAUGCAGCCUACGCGGCUACUCGCCCUGUGCCGUACUACAUCGUCGCAAGCUUAGCUUAGUUUGUAAUAUGGUUUAACAGAGCGGAAAGCAGUCGUCUCCUAUGAGCUGCUAUGGCUCGUUUAGUGGCUCGGUUAGCCCGUACUGGCAAUAGCGUCCGUUACGUUUGAUGUUUUUCACCAUCUAUACGGUAGCGCAUAUUGUUCUUUAUAAUUUAGGUACGAGUGUAAUUGGAUAUGAUACAAACGGAUAUAAUUUAUCCGGUAUCAUAUUAUAUAU